UGCACAUCGGCACCCAAAAACCUAACCUCUCAUUGCCACUGACCCCGCUAGCCGCCUCAUCCUCCCAUCACCAGCCCGCUGCCUCUCCCACGGAUCUGGGCUCCCAGAACCUGCAUCCCGCAUCGUCCUCGCGUGCUGGCCCUCUGAUCUGUGCGCCUGCAUGCGGUCUGAUCCCCAUGGCAGGGCCCCGACCACAAGGAUCCCGAUGGUGGACAACCGCUGUUGCACUUUCCUGGAGAUCCUGAUGACGAUGGUCGCUGCUGCACCUUCCUGGAGAUCCUCCUUUCCAUCAUCCUCCCGCCGCUCGUCAUCUUCGUUUGAUUCGGCUGCUGUAGUUUUUGCCUUUUCCAGUGGUAAUACUUGGCAGAGAAAUCAUGAGCCAAGCGCAAACCUUCUGCAAGACCUGAUAUGGACCUCGGUGGUUUUCUCCAUAUUAGGGAAGCUGUUAGAGUCCUUUCUACUCAUUUUUAUGCUAACAGUGGUGUUAUUGUGAAAAAGAGUCUUGCGUGUAUGUACCAUAUGGUUAGUAACACAUCAAUUUAUUUGGUCCCGUUUGUUUACAAUCUCGCAUAAUUCAACAUCCUUUUGUUUAAAUCAAUAUCCACAUAC